CUUUGCUCUGCCUUUUGAACAAUAUCUAUUGAACAUCUGAAUACCUGAAAUACUAGUGUGCAUUCCUUGGGGAUUGCUAAUGUUGAAUUUAUAUUCCCGUUCUUAAAUAUAGUGGUUUUAGAGUAUCAUUUUGUAUAUGAAAAGUUGAUGUUACCAAUUUAUGUGCACCCUCUUCUACUGAGAACUGACUUAUAUUUUUCUGUAAAUCAAUAAUAUGUCCAAUACCAGUUGCCCAUUUUUUGUAACCGAAGUGCAUGGCGACCUGCGUUAUGGAACAUUAAUGUUCCAUUAUCUCUAUUGAUAACGCGUUUGUGACACGUGAUCAACCCAGGACAAUGGUGGGUGAUGGCGAAGAUGACACGCCCAAUGACUAACGGUGACCCCGUGUCAUGGGUGUGGUGUAUUGGGAAAAGGUGUUUCUAAGAAUUAGACUGACUACUUGACGUUCCAUGGCGUUUCCGUGAAGUGAGCAACAGGCAUUGUCGUGUUGUUCUAAACGUACGUUUUCACGCGUUGUGCAAUGAAUUUAUGUCUGUAAACGGACAUUUCCUUUUUUCUGUUAUCAACAAUUUACCUAUAAAAGGAAAUAUCGGAGCAUAUAAGGAACAAUACGUUUUGGCCAGCCGUUGAAUACACGAAGAUGGGAGAAGGUGCUCGUACAAGGAUCGGUCCCGUUGCCGUUUUGACCGUACUGUGCCUUUUUCUGGGAGACGGAUGGGUCCAAGCCGUAACAGUAACCGUUACUCCUGCCGAAGACUUCGUGGCCAAUGGAAACAACUAUAACUUCCGCUGCAACUUCGCCCUGGACGACUCCUCCAGAGACGCCAUCGCUGAUUGGUCCUUCACCAACCGACAAGGCGCGACGUUCUCCGAUCUGUACAAGAACGCGGGAAGUCUUGGAGAGUUCUUCCUUCACGGGUACGACAGUCGUGCGACGUUUACGGGAAACAUAAGCGGCGGGGAUGUCGGUUUGGAGGUCCGGUCGUUGGCUCCGGCCGACAGCGGGACCUACACCUGCGGCGUCUCUGUGCUCGGUGAGGGGAAGGCCGAGGCAUCUAUGGACGUUACCGUACUGGACCCCCCGGGUGUCCCCCUCCUGUCCAUCAGCCCCAACCCCGUCCGCGAGAACCAGGGGGUACGACUGACGUGUGCCAUGACGUCAGGAACCCCGCCCUUCACCUACAGCUUCCAUGUUGGUGACGUCACGCUGACGUCAGGAAGCGCGACCACCUAUGACGUCACAAGCGUGCAGAGAGACCAGACGCGUUACACCUGCAAGGUGACGGACGUGCUGGGGGACCAGUUUGCCGCCACCAGCCUGGAGGCAACUUUGAACGUGCACUAUAUCGACGCACCACAGCUCGCACCAAGUAGUCCCGUCACCGGCGUGGAAGGAGACGAACUGACUGUUGUGUGCACUGCCAAUGCAAAUCCCUCCGCCACCAUCCAGUGGAGUAAAGAUGGCGCCGACCAAGGUCAAGGAGCGACCUUGACGAAGAACCCUGUCAACCGUGAGGAUGCUGGGACCUACACCUGUACUGCCACCAGUAGUGGGAUACUGGGAAGUCCCUCAUCUACGAGUGCACAACUGCAGGUGGACGUUCAGUAUCCCCCUAAUGGCAACCCAAACUGCACCGUCACAACAACCGGAAAUGACGUCAUGUUGAACUGCGAAUGGCAGGGCGGGAACCCGGCAGCGGAAGUGACGUGGUCGCACAGCGGUGGACAACAGAUCGGGUCCGCACAGCAGUCCGCCAAUCAGGUGGUGGCACCUGUCCUGACGCACGGCACGGUGUACACCUGCACAGCUACAACUCCAGCACUGAGAUCAGAACCAAGGACAUGUACCAUCACUAUUGGCGUGCCGACCGUGACUGUCUUGCCUAAACCGACAUCUACAGUAGCAGAGGGUACGGAGAGUCGCAGCCUGUCCUGCACUGUGGAAUCCAAUGUGUACCCCCCAGUUGAUGUUGUAUCUUGGACUGGCCCUGCCGUCUCUGCUGGCCGGACAACAGGCGGAACCUUGGCUACACCAGACCUGACAAUCCAGAACGUUGAAAGGGCUGACGCCGGAAACUACACCUGUUCUGCCGGAAACCUGGCCGGAACUGGCAGCGAUUCUCUCAUCUUAGAUGUCCUGUAUGCACCUAUGGAUACCACCGUCACCCCAGCUUCGGUUGAAGAGAGAGAAGGCGACCCCCUCACCCUGACCUGCACCUCAGACGGCAACCCCGCCCCGACAUUCACCUGGACCAAACAGGGAGGGGGAGGGCAGCUCCCGACAGGAGAUGUCGUACAGAUCCAAAGUCUUACAAGAGAAGACGCGGGGACGUACACCUGCACAGCUAGUAACGGGAUCGGUAACCCUCAGGCAGCGGCGGGUACUGUAGACGUGCUGUAUCUCGACACACCAACCAUCAACACAACUUCAUCUGUCACCUUGGAAGAGGGACAGUCCACGGCCAUACAGUGUUCAUCAGUGGCCAAUCCAACAGCAAGCUUCAAGUGGCGCAAGGACGGAAGUGGUGACCCGGAAGUGAACAACAUCCUGACCCUGUCAGAAGUCAGCCGGGAUUCGGAGGGAACCUACACGUGUGAAGCUUCCAACACAAUAGAGGGGGCUCUUGAGACCGAAGAAGUAUCCGUGGAGUUGGUUGUAAACUACCCAGCCAGCGUCACAGUAACUUCCGGCACGGUGACAGUAGACGAGAAUGAUGACGUCACUCUGAGUUGCACCGCUGACAGCAAGCCGCCCCCAACCUCCUUCACCUGGACAGACGCAAACGGAACUCCCCUGAACAGCCAGCGGGAUGGUUUCACCCUGCAGGCUACCAUACCGGAUAUUACGUACCAACAGGCCGGAAGUUACACAUGUACAGCGAGCAACGGAGUGGGGGAUGCUGGGACUGCUGACAUUGAUGUCAUCGUGGAAUGUAAGGACUUUAUGUAA